CUGAACUGUGACUCUCACUCUGUCUCUGCCAUAUCUGACGUCUUGCAUCCUCUUUUUCACUCUUGUGUCAAGAACAUAUACCAGCGAGGAGCGACACAUGAUUGACCAAGAUGAGUUAUGAAACGUUUCCCAUGGUUCCUCACAACGAGGCAGCAUUCAACCAAGCUAAUCUCCCUCCCAGAUACCAGACACCACCUCCAUGGAUUCCACCUAAAGAAAGGGUCGGGCAUCCAGACUACGACAACAACCUGUCCAAGUUUCUCCUCCGCUCUGUCAAAUUCAGAAGAUCAAAAUCAAAUGAGCAGUUAGGAUUCAGUAUACGAGGUGGUGCUGACUACGGCUGCCGAAUCUACAUUUCUGGGGUUAUCCCUGAUUCUGUGGCCUUCAGAGUUGGUAUGAAACCAGGAGAUCUUAUCCUCAGUAUCAAUAGCGUUGACUUCUCCAACAUCACAUAUGAUGAGGCAAUCAAGGUCUUGAAGAAUCUAGAUGAAAUAGAGGCAAGACUGAAGUACUAUCCUUAUGGUUAUUACAAGACAUACGAGAGGACAGGGGAAGCCCCACCCAUUGAGUGAUGUGGAGAAACAAACCUUGCCUUUUUUUGUUAUCCAAAGCUUUAUAUAAAACUGUGAUGUAAACUUUAUGACUAUCACUGCUGAAAUUAUUUAUCAUAUUUUACAGAUUUGUUUAGGGUUUCAUUAGUCUUGUUAGGAUGUGUUUAUAUUGUUUAUGUAUGUAGAGGUGCUGUAAUCUAGUGGACAUUAACCUAUUGCCUGCUGGCACCAUGUAGCCCCUGUAUUUAAGCCUAUGGCAAUAUAAUUCAGUAGUCAGGGGGUUAAGUCACCAGACUGGAUCUAGUAGUACAGGUUUUGAAUCCCUGCCACAGCACUACUGUUAUUUGGCAAGACUGUAGCGAAAAAACAUUUCACCUUUUGACCCCAGUGAGGUUACUGGUUACCUGGUAGGGUGAACAACAAUUCUUGAAUGUGUGAGCAGAUAUCGUUGAAGGAAUUUCAGAUCUCAAACAUAUGCAAGUAUGCCUGCAUCAAAGAUGCAUUGUCAAAUGCAGUAUAAGUCUUAAAUUGUCAAAGGGAUGAAAUGUUGUAUUCAUAUACAGUACUACGAGUCAAACUCCUGUUCGUUUGUGGUAGGGAUAUGGUAGUGAUAGAGCUAAAGACAAUACUGUAUUAAAUAUAUGUUAAUGUUUUAUAUAAAUAUUAGAACAGCAACCAUAAUAAUACUCUACAAAGAGAUUCUAUUUUUAACUGCACUUGUAUAUUGUGAAUAUCCUUUUGAUACCCAAAGUUCCCAAACAAGUAAUAUAGUUUUUGUCCAAUUUUGCAAAGGAUCUGUAAAAAUGUAACCAUACACUGAUCGUGACAUAGGGGUAAAAAAUUUGAUUACAUGUGAAUUGACGGUGUUCUGAAACUUGCCAUCGAGCUGUCAUGAAACAUGAACUUUAACCUUUAUAUUUCUUGGCAAAGUUCCUGAUAAUGACACUACUGAUCGUGCCAAGACAUGACAUGGACCCACAUCAGAGAAGAGGUGCCCUAAAUCGUAGUAAGAGGAGGGAAUAUUUGAUAGUCAUGAUAUUAUGAGAUAAAUUUAUCUUUGCUCAGUUAAAUAUAACCGUUAUAGGUGCAUAAGGCAUUUUUAUACAUUAUUUAGAAUUGAGAAUUAUAAAUUAUCCACUGCCUUAAAUUUUUAUAUGUGUACAUACAUUGCCAUCAUGAAUGUUUGAUAUAUUUUGUAUUGUCUUUUUAUCUGUGUAAACGAUAUUAGAUUUUACUCGACUUGAUUUUUGACUUUACUUAUAUUUCUCUGUGGCAUGUAUUAUUGAUCCAAAAGUGGGAGAACAUAACUUCUUUUAUAGUCUUUUUAUAUAGGAUUGCAUUUGGCCAUUUGGAGCAGAUUACAUAAAUGUUAUCACAAAUGUGCUUUGUAUAGUACUAAUUGAAAUGAAAUGAAGUAGAUAUUAGCAACACAGGCUCUUUUCUAUAGCUUUGAUAUUAUAUGUAUUUAUUGAUAAUUCAUAGGUGCUACAUGAUUAAUGUUUUGUACAAUUUAUCACCCGUUUUGUAAAACUCUUAUUCUGAUUGUCGAUUCUUGGAAACACGGUUUUGAUCAAAGUCAUGGAAGUUUGUGGAGACAUGUUUUUCUAUGCGCAUCUAUAUUGUUUUGGGAGAAAUGAAAUUCAUUUCCCUUUUGCUGGACCUGAAAUUAAGGACCUUCAUGUCCUUGUGAUGUUGGAGUUCAUAUCCUAAGGUCAAAGAUCAUUUUAGGUCAAAUGUAAGUGUUUACCCACAAGACUUUCUUAUGACUAGUAACUAUGCAUACUGGGGUACGUUGUUCAAAAUUAAACCAAACUCGGGUCAGGGAUGCUUUUUUCCAACAUUCAUGUAAUUUGGUCACAGGUGGGCGAGGCACGAUCUGGUUACCGUAAAUCUCUGUGCAUAUUAAGACGCACCUUUUUCCUGCCGAAAAAAAUUCAAAGUUGGGGGUGCGUCUAAUACACAGGUACAAGAAAACAAACCAAUUUGUUUUUGUUUUUGUAAGAGCCGAUUUAUGCCCCUCCACCUUGCAAUGUCUCCCAACCCGGUCAUCCAUGGUGUGUUGACUCACCACUUGGAAACUAGAACAACACUACCUGUAUGGCCGGAUUUCUGUUUGGACAAAGAGGAAAAUUUGUCUGUCAUCUUUAGUUUUAAAAACGACGUUGUUACUAUUAUUUGUGACAAGUUCACAAGCACAAAUCAGCGACUUACACAGGUGCGUCUUAUACACAGUGAUUUACGGUAUUUCCUUAAGUUUAUUUUGUUGCAUUGCAUCUUUCAAAGUAUGAAAUUAAACCACCUUGAUUUAGUUCUGAAAUAAUUCUCAGAUGUUACAAUCAUUUCUAAGUUGAUGCAGCAAUUUAGAUUAUCUCAGUACUAUUAAAUAUUGUUGAAACAUUGGAAGAAGGGCAGCAGUUUCUUUUAUAUUCUCAUGAAAACUGCCAUUGAAAGAUGAAAAAAUAUACCAGUAUGUGUUUUCAUUAUUUUGAGCUAUAAUGUAGAGCUUCACUUUGAAUGUAAGCAUUGUUUUGUAACAUUUCAUUCACAAUAGAAUGAGGAACAAGGCACAAGAACAAUGAAUAAAACCGAACAGUUGUAGUUAUGUGCAGUCUUUCAAUGUAUGAAUAAAAUCAUGUAUGCAUCCAUGUUUGUUUUGCAGACAACCAACAA